AUGGAGCCGCACUUGGAGGAUGGUCCUCCAUACCCUAAGCAAAUCACUUGGAUAUCCAAGCGAUUCAAGCUACUGGCCUCUCGUAUGCUGAAGCGUGCCUCUCUGUGUGUGUGCGCCUCUAUAGUCGUAAAAUGUACUCAAGGCUUCACAGUGACACAAGCUACCUACGUUGUUGUCUCUUUAAGAACCGGGCUUCAUUGGUGUGCACUGGUCAACUGUUGCUUCAGCGGCGAAAGCCUGUUACAUCAGGCCUUGGAAAGUCUUGGUGGAAAGGGAACCAGCCGCCAAGUGAUCGAAUGGAUCGAACAACAUCCUGAAGAGUUGGAGAAGCUUCGUGAAGUUAAGCUGAACAAGCAUGUGCGUGACGGUCAUCGCCGGCCAGUGUGGCAUUCCACGGUGACCUCCAGCAUGCACCAUUUUCGCAAAGUUACCAGACCGGGGCAGCCGGUCCUGUACCUCGCGGAGAAUGCUGAAAUGCCCGAGGAGCUUCCAGCAAUCCAAGAUGCCGCACCAAAGCCACGUGCCUCGAGGGCCAAACGACCGGCUGAGAAGGCGGAGAAGGCCGCGCCGGAGAAGCGGAAGGCGAAGCCCAAACGAGCUCGAAAGGCCAAAACGGUCGCGCCGGCGGCUGAACCUCCAGUCGAUCCGGUCGAACCGGCGGCUGAACCGCCCGUGCAGCCGCCCGGUCCACCCCGGGCGCCCGAAGCGUCGGGGCCUCAGGUUCCUCAGCUUCCAAACGUCUUUCCAUGGCUGAAAAGGGCCAUGGGAAAGGCCGGCCGCACAGAGGGCUAUGGCAACGAUGCUUUGCAAGCAGAGGUAGCACGACUACAGCAGGAGCUACUUGAAGCCAAUCGUCGAAACUCCCAGCUACUGGCCAAAGUUGCACAGCUGCAGGAGGAGGUCACGGUGGCCAAGAAGAUGGUUGACCACGAGCCGGAUGAGAAGGACAAGCAGCGGCUGAUCAAGCAUUUGCAGGAGCAGGCUUACGUGGAGCUCUUUGCCUCUCCCAUCGCCGGGGUGGGGGUCCGCGCCUUCCGGCCGAUCCCAAAGGGAGUGGAUCCCUUCCCCAUUUGCAAUAUGCACAUGGCAGCCAAGGAGCGCUUUUGUGUUCUCUCUGCAGAAGAACUCAGGGCAAUGCCACCUGGGGUGUUCGAGAAAGUCAAGUCCUUCUUUGCUGCAUUGACUGAAGAUGAUGGCUGGACACCGCAGACCAAUCGGAAGGGUGAGAUCAUCUAUGGCGUGCUUUCGACUGGCAUGAACAAUUUGAACCUAUCUUGGUAUUUAAACCACUCCGAUGAUCCAAAUAUCGAGUUUCAAGAUGCGGAAGAAGAAGGCGGAUACAACUCCUUUGUCACCAGGCGUGAGAUCCAAGCUGGUGAGGAGCUCACCACCGACUACAGAGAAUUGGGAAAGGAAUUCUUUGAAUUGAUUCAACAUCCUGAUUGA